AUGACAGGAACAACGAGUGAACAAUUGAAAGAGAAAUGGAUGGUUAUGAUUGUUAAGCAUCCGCUUCUUCGCAACCUAUUAAUUGACGAUAUUGAAUUCAAGAAAACGCUUCAACAGAUUCAACAAGAAAAUGAGGAAGAAGCAAAACGUCUCGACGAUCAAUCCGUCAAACAAUGUCCCAAAUGUCAACAGAAUUAUAUUCCAGCGCAAGUUAAUCACGGCAGUUGUCACUAUCACGAUGGAUUCAUCGUUGAUCUAGAUCAGAAUAAUAAACCAUUGACCAUUCAACAAGCUCAAAGAAUUACACAGAAAGCUAAAUUAUUGGUACAGAAUGGCAACAGUGAACAAAACCUCAAACCACCAAAAUUGAUGUGGGCAUGUUGUUUGGGACUAUACGGAAUUGAUCAACCAUGUCGAGUAGGCAUUUGUGGACUACCAGAAGCGCUAAAAGAUCAACAAAUCGAUCCAAAUAACGACUUGAUAACAGUUGUACAAGAACAUUUUAUGAAAAAUCAAGUGGCUGCUCAAAAUAUUAAAGAAUUCAUGAAGACUUAUGUACUGACGCCGACAUCAUCACAAACAAUUAGUAACUCUAGUCGUCUAACUAAUACAACACCGUCAGUUACUGCUUAUUCAUUGAAAAAAUAG